AUGAUGUGUAUGGUAUUUGAGGAGGAGGAAAAGGAGGAGGAAGAGGAAGAGAAGGAGGAGGAAAAUAAAGAUGAAGAGGUGGAACUCAUAGAUACCAUUGAAGAUGAGCAGCCAGUGAUGGUGGCAGAGUGUGUUGAAAUGAAGGACGCUUGCACAGGGAUUGGCGGAUAUUUUGUAACAUCUACAGAAGAGGAAUCUUCUGGCUGGGAGGAGUAUGAAUACUAUGAGUCUUCAGACACUGAAACCACCGAGUCAUCUGAGAGCCAAGUGGAUGAAGAGAGGUUACUCUGACUGCUCUACCUCCUUGAGGAACGAGACACCCUGGUGGAGAUUGUGAAGAAGCUGAAGCUGUCCUCCAUGUUUGAGGUGAUGCCAGGGUUUCCUUUGGGGAUUGUGAUUUAGUUUUGCCUUGUUCCUAGACCUUGUUCACAGUGGCUCUUAUACAGGUUCACUUCAGCAUGUGAGAUAGCUCAUAUUUCCUUUAAGGUUUUCUUUAGAGGGAUACUGACUAACUCUCUCACAUAUCUUUUUCUUAUUUAUAUUUAUAAAAAGGCCAAAUAUCUUUUUCAGAGAGAAGUUAGUUCAUUUGCAUUUUGUGUCUAUUUAAAAUGAAUUUAUUGACUGGGUAGAGAGAGAAAAAUCAAGAGGAAAGAGAGAUCUAAAGAAGCAAAGAGAAGGAUUCCUGCAGCAAUCGACACCUCUUGUAAAACUUCCUCUCACAGCUGGGGAUCAAGGAUUUCAACCUGUGUCAUGGACCAUGGGAAUGCAUGGGCUCUUACUGGUAUGCCACCAUCCCACAGCCUGUUUUGCAACACCCCCAGAUUUCUUUUUCCCUGGAAUCAUUUCCCUCUAAUUCUUUCAGCUUUCCUUCCCCCCCCCCACUCUCUUUUAUCUAAGAGUCCGUGCUUUUUACAGAAAAGGAAUUGACAACUCCCAGCAGGAGCUAGUAUCUUUGGUAAAAUAGGAGAGAAUUUCCCCCCAGAAAUGAGAGUGUUAUUCGCCUUUGGAGACAAGAACUGAUUUGUGGUGACCAUUGAAUGCAGUUCCUUUCCCUCUUCCACAAGAAUUGGGUGGGCUUCAGCCAGCUUGAAUCCCUGCCCAGACAGAGGCCCCAGCCCCGGAGGAGGCAGCAGCCCCAGAGGCAGUGUCAGAACAUGGCCACAGGUGUGUGAACAGCUUCCACACCCUGGAGGAGGAAGCACAUCCCCUCCACCUCACAAUUUAUAUCUGUUCUGUCAUUCGUUCUGUAUAAUAUAUUGGCCAGUACUGAUUUGUGGAUAUUUAAACCUGUGGGAUCUCUCCUUUUAGUUCAUGCACCUCUCUCCUAGACAUUUCAGGAAAUAUACAAA